AUGUCAAACGGCUCGAUCUCUGCUCGCCCAUCGACGGACGACGUAGCCCACCGACCUCAUAUUGCUGUCAUCGGCGCCGGACUAGCUGGACUCACCUGUGCUACUUACCUCGUCAUGAAUGGAGUUAGAGUCACGUUGAUUGAGAAGGAGGCUAGGAUGGGCGGCCAGUGCUGGACGCGAUACGAGGACAAUGGGGUUACUUGGGAGGCUGGUGGUGAAGGCUUCGUCCGUCGAGCUGUUGCAGUACCUAGAAUAGCGAGGGCGCUUGGCAUCGAGGAGGAUAUCGUCCCCCAGGAGCCUGUUGAGAACUACGAGAUUGACGAGAACUAUACACUGAUCCAGUUGGACCGAGGAGUAGCUGCAAAGAAGCUGGGCUUCCAGGUCAAGAAGGAGGACUUCGGCCGAGGUAUCUCUAGUUUCCGAAGAGGUAUGGGAGAGCUGAUCGAUUCAAUGCACUCAUGUCUCGAGGAAUCACCUCUUUGCGAUAUCAAACUCAACACCGAGGUCUCUUUACUCGAACGUGGUGCUGAUGCCGCAAGGACGAGAGUGACAUGGGAUGGUGGCGAGAUGGUUGCGGAUGAAGUAGUGAUCGCCACACCGGAGAAGGCGGCUUGCGCUAUGCUUGGGGAAGAGCCUUUCCAUGGUGAGCUUAUGAGCCAUGUGUCCGUCUACUGCCUGGUCCGGGAACUCAGUGAAAGCGAAGGCUGGCACAGUUUCUCGAUCCCUGCGGACAUGCAGAGCGAUUUCGAUGGUCUGCGUGCUGUGGCACUCGUAGAUGAGAAGUUCCCUGGUAGAUCUCCUCCAGGGACGGCGUUGUUUAGAUGCUACUACAGGCCUCGUACUGAGCCCUUGAGGAAUUGGUCUGAUGAUGAAUGGUCUCAGCUGGCCUCUCGAGCUCUGAUGAAGAUAUGCUCGCUUGCGGAUCAUGACGUGUUGGCGUCCUACGUAUCCCGAUGGGAUUCUGCACUACCGGUUUUCAAUGAUGAGUACCGCGCGGCCGUCGAAAAACUGAGGGGGUCGGUCGCAGACCAGCAUGUUCAUCUUAUCGGGGCGGCUUUCGCUGGGGCUGGCAUCGAGGCGGCGGUGAAGUCUGGCGAGGAUGCAGCUGUAGAAAUACUCAAGAUGAGGCCCCAGUUCAAUGCGGUCGUUGCCUCUAUGGAAACUCACCAAUCGGUAUGAUUCGUAUGGCGAUCUAUGAUGAUAUUGGACGUGCAUGAGGAGAAGUUGCUUACUGUUCCUAACAAUUUGCUUAGGACCUUGGUUCGAAUCCUAGGUCCUCCGUUUUAUCUCCUCGAAG